UUGCGCUUGCGCCUCAUUCUUCCGCUUGCGCGUCUGUUAGAAUUGGGAGGGAUCAAGGUCUUGGGUUUGUCGGCAGUAGGGUUGUCACCUAGGAGCUAUUUUCUUUUGCCUAGAACCACGAAUUCGGACUGGAUUUAUAUUAUUCUGCACUUCCUGCUUGUAAUAGCUUGCCAUACGGACUCGUCUAGUGGACUUCACCAGCAGAAUCUCGAAUCUGACUGUCAGUGGGGAGGCAGACGGAUCAGACCAGCACGCAGUUUUUCCAGGCAAGCAGUUCAUCCACGGUUGCGAUCCGCCUCUCUGCGAUCCAAUCCCCAGGCUUUCGUAGCCGAUCCUGCAAUGCCGUACGUACCGCCUCAUUUACGCGGCAAAGCGGGCGGAUCGGGGGAAGGCUCCGCUCCCCCGUCCUCGUCCCUGGGGACCCGAUCCGAUCCGCCGGGCCGCUAUAACGACCGCAACGACUACGGCAGCUUCGGCUCCAGAAGCUUCGGAGGAUCCCGGGAUAGAGACGAUCGCAGAGACGAUCGCAGGGACGAUCGCAGGGGAGGGGAUGAUCGGUUUGGUAGGGAUAGUGGCGGCGGCAGCAGCAGCUUCAGCAGCAGCCGUCGGCCGGUAGAUUCUCGCGGGAGCGGGCCUCCGGAGGCCGUGUGGCCCAACUGGAAGCCGUCUGACCGCGUGAUCCGCUUGCAAGAGGACCAGAUCGCUGAGGUCCGUUCGCGUCUGAACGUGACGGUGGAGAUCACACCUGGCACAGGCGUCGCUCCGGCUCCGAUUGAGUCCUUCGAUGACAUGGGUCUGCACGCCAACAUCUCAAAGGACAUCGUGUACCACAGCUACACCAACCCCACGCCCAUCCAGGCCCAGGCCAUGCCCAUCGCCCUCUCUGGCCGCGACCUCCUCGGGUGCGCCGAGACUGGCAGUGGCAAAACGGCCGCCUUCUCCAUCCCCAUGAUCCAACAUUGCCUGGGUCAAGCCCCUCUGAAGCCUGGGGAUGGGCCUCUAGCGCUGGUGCUCGCUCCCACUCGCGAACUGGCCCAGCAGAUUGAGAAGGAGGUGAAAGCGUUCAGCCUGUCCUCAGACGGGUUCAAGACGGCCAUCAUAGUGGGCGGCACGCACAUGAGCGAGCAGCGGUCCAUGCUGCGAGGAGGCGUGCAGGUGGUGGUGGCUACUCCUGGGCGCUUCAUCGACCACCUGCAGCAGGGCAACACGUCGCUCUCGCGGGUGUCCUUUGUGGUGCUGGACGAGGCAGACCGCAUGCUGGACAUGGGGUUUGAGCCCCAGAUGAAAGAGAUCAUGUCGAACCUGCCCUCCAAGCACCAGACGCUGCUGUUCUCCGCCACAAUGCCAGAGGAGAUCGAGGCUCUGGCCCAGGAGUACCUCAAGAACCCCGUGCGCGUUAAAGUGGGGCGCGUCAGCAGCCCCACUCAGAACGUGACGCAGUCGCUGGAGAAGGUUGCGGAGAAGGAUAAGGUGGAUCGUCUGCUACAGCUGCUGGUGGAGGAGAUGGCAGCUGCAGAGAGUGGCCAGCAGCCGCUGCCUCUCACCAUCGUGUUCGUGGAGAGGAAGGUGAAGUGCGACGAGGUGUGUGAGGCGCUGACAGCCCAAGGCCUCAAGGCAGCAGCGUUGCAUGGCGGACGCAGCCAGGGGGAGAGAGAAGCCGCUCUGCUGGACUUCAGGAAGAACACCAUCAACAUCCUGGUGGCAACGGAUGUGGCGUCAAGAGGGCUGGACGUUUCGGGGGUGGCAAUGGUCAUCAACAUGGACCUACCCAAGGCCCUGGAGGACUAUGUUCAUCGCAUCGGUCGAACAGGGCGAGCGGGGGCGUCGGGCCGUGCUGUGUCCUUCUACACUGAUAGAGAUGCGUUUCUGGUGGCUCAGAUCAAGAAGGCGCUGUCAGAAGCAGAGGCAGGCAACACCAUGGCGUUUGCAACUGGCAAGGCUGCGAGGAGGAAGGAGAAGGAAGAGGCGGCAGCGUUCAGAGAGAACCGGGCGUCCACAGCCUCAGGUGUCACGAUGGUGGGGGCCACAGCAGUGAAGAUAGUGGAUCAGAAGUACAAGCACAUGAUCGCGGCUCAAUCGGGGGCGGAUAAGGUGGAGGGAGCGGCAGAUGAUGCGUGGGAUGACUAGGAGCUGGGAGCAACGAGGUGAAGGGGUGACGGGGAAGGGGAAAUUAUGGCUGCUGCCAAUGACAAGCGGAGAUUAGUUGAAGCGUUGACCAGUGUUAACUCCAGCUUGUGCUCAUUUUCUUGAGAUCAAUAAUGUAAGGAAUGGAAAACUUCAAGCCACC